AUGCGUUGGUCCCUCGUUUUAACCGCCUCGGCGGCUUCUGCGUCUAUUUUACGCAGGUCGACCUUUGGCGAUAGUAUAAACCUUCCAGCCGAGGCGUUCCCCAAAUUCGAGGUUGUGUCCCUCGAGGACGCCAAGGCGGGAAAGGAUCGGGCGAUUCAAGGCCUCCCGGAUCCUGAUAAUGCCACCGACACCACAGAAGCCACCGCCGUGACGCACGGCUUUUCCGUCAUGGCCGCCACCGCGUCAACGGCCAACGCUGCCGCCUGUAGCGCCGACCCCAACAUCCGCUUCGAGUGGAAGCAAUAUUCGGAUUCGGAUCGUCUCGCCUUCGUCAAGGCCGUCAAGUGCCUGAUGAACAAGCCCCCUUCCGGCAACUUCGCCCCGGCUAAGAGCCGAUAUGAAGACUUUGUCCGCAUCCACCAGGACUACAUGAACAACGUGCACAACAACGCCAAGUUCCUCAUCUGGCACAGAUAUUACCUGUGGACAUUCGAGCAAGUCCUCCGUACCGAGUGUGGGUUCGACCGCGCCAUGGUCUGGUGGGAUGAGACUCUCGAUGCCGGAAAGUUUGGCCAGUCCGACAUGUUCACCAACAAGGCCUACUUCGGUAGCCUGCCGGCCAGCAGCAGCCCGCAGUGCGUCACCGACGGCGAGUUCGCCGGCCUCAUUGCCAACAUCGGCCCCGGCAGCACCAGCUCACCCCACUGCUUGUCGCGUCAGUUGACGGAGAGCAACACGGCUCAGUGCAGCACAGACUUCAUCAACUACUGCAACCAGCGAACCAGCUAUGCGGACUACGAGAGCUGUCUCGAGUACGGUCCCCACGGCUACGGACACAACGGCAUCGGAGGUACCAUGGCGGACGUCUGGGCCAGCCCGAGUGACCCCAUCUUCUGGAUGCACCACUCGUUCAUCGACCACAGCUGGAGGAUAUGGCAGAACGCCGACGCCUCCCGCAUCGAGAGCAUUAACGGUAACGAUGCUGCCGGAAAUGCCCUGACCUUGGACACCAUGGUUUACAUGGGCGGAAUCCGCCCCGACGUUCGCGUCAGGGACAUUAUCAACACCCUGGGCGGAGUCCAAAUUGGUAGCGAGACAUUCUGUUACCGCUACACAUACUAA